AUGGUGGGUGUCCACUGCAGGCACCAGGCUGAGCUGGGUGCCAGCUCCUUGCCCUCCUCCUCCUCGCUGCAGGAUGCUGUUCUCAACGCCUGUUACCGGGGCUGCCGGCUGUUCUCCAUCUGUCACUUCGUGGAUGCGAGUGCCGAGCUGAACACAACCAGGGCUGAGUGUGAAGCAGCGUGCGCUGAAGCCUACAGCAAUGCAGAGGAGCAGUUUGGCUGCAUCACUGGGUGCCGCAAGCAGCUGCCUGAGUUGGAAAGCAGGAGGGAGAAGAGCCCAGAGCUGAAGGUGCCGUCGUUCUCAAUGUUGGAUUUGGUCUCCAGCUUUUGCAACGACAUCGUCAGCUCUGCCCAGAGCUUCAUCUCUUCCACCUGGACCUUCUACCUGCAGGCAGACGAUGGCAAAGUCGUGGUAUUUCAGUCCCAGCCCGAGAUGGAGUAUCCAGUACCCGAGGUGCAGGAGACCCAACCGGAGCGGCCAGGAUCGGGGUCCAGCCCCCGCAUCCCCCAGCCCCAUGCAGGCCCCCGGCUGAAGGGGGAGAAGCUCCCCGGGAAGGAGCCACGGGGCAAAGCCAAGGCACAGCACCCGGACCCCCCGCAGCCAGAGCACGACUUCCUUGGCUGCAUGUCCAAGCGCUCGGGCCUUCCUCGCUGGAUCCUGGCUGCCUGCCUCUUCCUCUCCAUCAUGGUGAUGCUGUGGCUUAGCUGUGCCAGUUUGGUGACAGCCCCUGACCAGCACGUCAAGACCCAGCCCCUGAGCAUCAACGGCGACAAGGAGUACCUGGAGGACUUGGACGGCACUGUCCCCUUCCCCCUGCCACCCGUCAUCGCUGUUACCCUGUGCCCUGUGCGCGGCGGUGAGGAUGCAGGGCCGCUGCCCCUCAAAGUCGACCUGGACAAGACCGUCCUGUAG